CAUCGCAUUUCCUCACUAGAUGGUGUGCAAGCCACUGGAGAGUACACUUCCCCGCACAGUGGGCUCUACAUCCAGCAAAAACAAACCUGGGAAACUAUAUACGGCGGACCAUUUCUUUACGGCGGCUGCGAGGAGGAAAAGUGUGGAAAUAAAGCGUCGUUUACGUCUUCUUUUUUUAUUUUGAAAGCCAACUCCUAGCUCUGUUGUUUUUGCAACACAAGACUUGGGAAAAAGCGGCAACAAAACACAGCUGUGAUGGACAUAAUGAUUGCGGUGCAGGAUGCUUGUGUCUCCGGUCAGUGGCUUACUGCGAUAAUUCUCAGCCUGUGCUGCUUUCUGCCGUCCUGUUUGCCCGCGGGACAAACUGUGGACUAUUCCUCGGUUGAAAGUGUGGUGAGCAGACAAGGCGACACGGCUCUACUGAGGUGCUACCUAUUGGAUGGGAUCUCUAAAGGAGCCUGGCUGAACCGCUCAAGCAUCAUUUUCGCAGGGAAUGACAAGUGGUCUGUGGAUCCACGUGUAUCCAUUGUGUCCAGCGUUGGAGACAAACACGAGUACAGCCUUCAGAUACAGAAAGUGGAUGUAACUGAUGACGGCCAGUACACGUGCUCCAUUCAGAGCGAGCGCAACCCACGGCCAAAGCUCCUCAACCUAAUUGUAAAAGUUCCUCCCAAGAUAUAUGACAUUUCCUCUGACAUCACAGUAAACGAAGGCAGCAAUGUGUCGCUCAUCUGUACAGCCAGCGGGAAACCUGAGCCAAGCAUUUCCUGGAGACACAUAACCCCAUUAGCCAGGAAGUAUGACAGUGGAGAAUAUCUUAACAUCACCGGCAUCACAAGGGACCAGGCUGGAGACUACGAAUGCAGCGCUUUAAAUGACAUCGCCUCUCCUGACACCAAAGCAGUAAAAGUCACAGUCAACUUUGCUCCGUCUAUCCAUGAGAUGAAAAGCCAUGGAGUUGGUCUGGGACGCACAGCUCUGCUAAGGUGCGAGGCAGCUGCUGUGCCCUCUCCGACAUUCGAGUGGUACAAGGGUGAGAAAAGGAUUAUCAAGGGUCAAGGCAUCGACAUCAAGAGCCUCAGCUCCAGAUCAGUCCUCACAGUGAACAACAUGACAGAGGAUCGUUAUGGGAACUACACAUGUGUCGCCUCCAACAAGCUAGGGACGGCUAAUGCCAGUGUGCCUCUCAUUCCAAUUAUUGAACCCACCACCACUAGUGCUGUCUCAAGCCCAGCGCCCAACACUGCACCCUAUGGGAGCACAGGAAGUGCGCAUGUCCCGCUGGCCUGCCGAUACCUGGUCCUGGCUCUCUCCUCCUUCAUCAGCGUGUACUAGCAGAGGCCAGUCCAGACACAAUGACUGUCGAGAGCAUUUAUGAAUCCUUUUUGACAUUGCUGAUGGCUGGAAUCCAAUCUGGUACAGUUUGUUGAAAAGCCGUGAUGGGGAAAAAUAAUCAGCGUUAUUUUGUGUGGGGAAAUAUUUCUUUUCUUCUUUUUUUUUUUCUUUGCUUUAUGGUGAAAUUUCUGUCAUGUAAAUACUAUGAUGUUUUUUUUUAAUUAUUAUUAUUAUUAUUAUUAUUAUUCUUCCUCUCUUCUUUUCUGAUUGAUUGACCACUUUGUGAAUCAGUGCUCACCCCCGGCCCCCCCUCCCCAGCCCCACCCCACGUCCAAUCAUAUCAAAAGCCCCCCAAACUUCCCAAAUGAGUUACUUUCAUGCCUCUAUCUCUGGGAGGCGAUGGCGCAAAAUUGACAUUUUCAUCCGUUUUUGUACAUGGCUAAAAAGAAGCAAUUGUGCCAAGUCUCUCAGUACACAGAAUUACCAUACCAAUGUUGUAUUGAAUGUAUUAUGGGUUGUUGAACAAAGGAAAGACAUUUAGAUUCCUAACAAUACAAAUUCUGAUUAUGGAGUGUGCUUAAAAAAAUACAGAAAAAAAAAGAAAAAAAAUCAAAAGAUGAAAAAAGGCAGGGCUUUUUCAGGACCUGUAUUGUCAUGAUUACUCAAUAGAUGGAUGAACAGUGUUGAAGGUGUGCUUUGUUGUAUUCUGAAAUGGGUCCUUCAGUUACUAUGCCUGCCUAACGGAUUUGAUCAGGCAGCCGUCAAAGUAGCAAAGUAUACUGUAUUGUAUCUUUAUAUUUUAAUAUAGUGUAGGCUUUUGUUUUAAAGUGGGACCAGCUUUUCUCAUUUGACCAAGAACAUUAACUCAGCUCAUGACUUUGUACAGUAUGAAGGGAGGAACAUCGCUGCCCUAUGUUUACAUUUUUCUUGAGAAUAUAAAUACUACAGUAUAUACUCCAUACUUUUUCUUUCAGAGAGUCCACAUAUACGUGAAUGUCACGACAAACUGUUGCAGUUGAGAAGAAAGAGCAGAGCCCGAGUUCAACUGUUGUAAGAUGCAGUUCUCUGAAACACGCCACCUCCAGUGGGCGUCUGAGCAGAGCGUUUUUUUCCUCUGAGUUUGUUGUGCACCUACUGACCAUCGACUGGCUGAAAAACUCCACGCUGUAGGUCGCUUGAAGUAUUUUGGCUUCAACUUUUGGCAUGAUACUUAGAUAAUGGACUCUGGGAAAGCAGCAUUCUGCAGCACGGUAUUUUACUCCGCUGUUUUUCUUUACAGAUAAUUCAAUACUUAAAUAUAUCACAUUCGCUUUUACAGUAAAUAUAUCAUUGCAACUAAUAAAGGACAUCCAGAGAGCCAAAGGUCAUGUAACUUAAGAUUUCUGGCAAAUACACCAACACAUAGUAUGUGAAACCUGCUUUGCCUCCAAUCUGAUUCCUUCUCAUCCUAACUAUGUGCAGCAGAACACAGAAUAAAGCUUAUGAACAUGCUCAUCAGGACAGACAUGGCCUAAGGUGCUAACAGCUCCUCCAAGAUGAGAGUCCAUUGUCUUCAAACAGUUGAUCAGUGUCCACAGGGCCCGUGAAUGUCCAGCAAAGAAUAAAUUAAACCAUGAGGUCGUUUAAUAGGAGAAAAUGUGGCUUUUUGUUCGCUGAAAUCAACCAUAUCAAGGCUCAAAAACAACAUUAUUGCCAGGGUUUACUUUCUGACAAGACUGUCAUGGCAUAUUCAUCCUCAAGUAUCUUCAAUUCAUGGUGUAAACAGAGAUACUGUACUGUAAUGCCUUAAUAGUACCAUUGACAUCAAAUUAACUUCCUUCAGAAGGACACUUCCAGAAGCUCUCAAUAAGAUAUGACUCAUUUGUUAAACAUGUUACUGCUUAUUGAAUGUUCAUAAACCUGUAGCUGACUUAUCUUUCAAAUUAGGCGUUAUAUUCAGUCAAAACUAAAUUUCUCAACCUAUGGCUCCUGCAGGUAUUUUCAAAUAAGCCAGUUGCAUCUGAUUAAAAAAAUGCAGUAUUUGUCGUACAGGUUGACAUGUUUGCAGGUCUUGUUUGGAUUUGGAUUGUGUUAUAUUUUGCCCCGGGAUCGAGGGACUAACAGUUCACGCAGUAUUUUCACACAAACUUGUAACUGCAAACCUAUAGAGAAAUAGCCAUCGCAGUUAAAAGACUUAAAGCACAAACACUGUUAUUACUUUUACGUUUUGUGGUGAUUUGUUUCAAGGUCUGCUAAACUUUUUUUUUUUUUCUUUUAUUGUUUGUACUGAAAUUGUUAUCGACUUGUUUUACAAAUUAUGAAAAUACUGCACCAUAUGAUCUUGUUUAAAUGUUAAGGUAUAAUGAAAAUGGGUCAGAAGUAUAUUUAUUCUCUUCCUUUAUGAAAACAAUGUAUAAAAAAAUUACAUUUGAAACAUGUAAAACUGGAUAUGUGACAUUUAUUUGAAUGAGGCACAGUAUGGCAUAGUUUAUAAUGUUGUCGGGUUCAUUUAGAUGCCAUAACUGUUGUUGAUUUUUUGUCAGAUGAGUACAUUAAAAAGAACAAUGUUUGCAAUCAAAUUACCUACUUUUUGAAACAGAGAGGGUGUGAACCAAUAUAACAGUAUUAUAGAACAGAAUCAAUGUGUGUAUAUUUGGAGAAAAAUAGGAUACCUUUUGAUCUUUAGAGCCAGUGUGUAGUCAUAGUUUUCACACACUUGCGUGUUUGACAAUGUGCAGAGAGUAUGGUUGUGCUGCAUGUCAAAGUUAACCUGUGUUUUUGAGGUGGCCAUUUUACAGAUAUUCAUACUUUUUAUGAAUGGAACCAGUUCUGUUUUGUUUUUUGUUUGUUUUUUCCAAAACCUUUGGUUCUUGAACCUGGUCUAAAAAUACAUACCUCCUACAGACCA